AUGCACUUCUCCAAGACUCUGGCCUCCGUGGCUGCCCUGGCUCUCAGUGCCCAAGCUGCUCUCCCUGUCGCGAGUGUAGAAUUCAAUUCCUGGGAGGAGUGCGAUGUUGGCUCCCCAGAAGCACCUGGCGAGCCCAAGUUCAAGGUCGCUGUGACCGCUACCCCAGUCACCUGUGACAAGACCACCGUCAACCCUGACUGGAGCAUCGACUACUACUCCUUCAAUGCCCACCUCGACACCAAGGAUGCGAUGCAUUGCUCUGGUGUGACCGUCUGGAACAACGAAGACUGCUCUGGCAACCCCAUCUACUUCCUGCCCUUCGAGGGUGGCCCUGUCGCCCAAGGACAAUGCCUGCCUGACAUCCUCGACCCUGGGUUUGUCUCCUUCAAGAUGGACUGCUUCGGUGGUCUUGGAGGACCUGGAGGACCCGGAGGACCCGGCGGCCCUGAUGGCUCUGAAGACUAUGAAGGCUCUGAUGACUCUGACAUUUAG